CACAACUCCAAAUAAGUGGAGAGAGGAGACUGAGAGGAGCAGCAGCAACUGAUCUCAGCAGCUAAAAAUACUUCCAGCCAGAGCUCAGAACGUCUUCCAGAGACCCCCAGAGAUCGACCCCCACCUGGAGAUUCCCUCUAUCCCGUGUGUAUGUGAAGACCACCGUAUCUGUAUUGCAGCCAGAAAUCCACAACUCAGUGUUUGAUUGAGACCCCCGGAGAUCGACCCCCACCUGGAGAUUCCCUCUAUCCUGUGUGUAUGUGAAGACCACCGUAUCUGUAUUACAGCCAGAAAUACACAACUCAGUGUGUGAAAGAGACCCCCGGAGAUUGACCCCCACCUGGAGGCCUCCAAAAGGGAGACAUGAGCCUGUCCUUCUGCGGAAACGACAUAAAUACCUCGUACAAUGUGAAUAAAGGGGUCCUGAACAAUAUCUGCUUCCUGGAUGCUCUGAACCUUGUCCCCCAUGUCUUCCUGCUCUUCAUCACCUUUCCCAUCCUCUUCAUUGGUUGGGGAAGUCAGAGCUCCAAGGUUCAGAUCCAUCACAACACUUGGCUGCAUUUUCCUGGACACAACCUGCGAUGGAUUCUGACUUUCAUUCUCCUCUUUGUCCAUGUGUGCGAAAUCGCGGAAGGAAUCGUCUCAGACUCGAAAAUGAACUCAAGGCACCUACACCUCUUCAUGCCGGCCAUUGUGGGAUUCAUCACAGCAACCACAUCCAUCAUCUAUUACCACAAUAUCGAGACCUCCAACUUCCCCAAACUUCUGUUAGCUCUUCUCAUGUACUGGGUCUUGGCCUUCAUCACCAAAACGAUCAAGCUGGUGAAGUAUUGUGAGAACGAGAUUGGUUUGACUCAGCUGCGGUUUUGCAUCACUGCGAUAAUGGUCAUCUUGUAUGGUCUGCUCAUGGCGGUGGAGAUUACGGUCAUAUGGGUGCGGAAAUACGUCUUCUUCUUGAGCCCCCAAAAGGUGAAGCCCCCAGAGGAUCUUCAGGAUUUGGGGGUGCGCUUCCUCCAGCCAUUUGUGAAUUUGCUUUCCAAAGCCACAUACUGGUGGAUGAACCCGCUCAUUAUCUCUGCCCACAAGAGACCUAUCGAUCUAAAGGCAAUUGGAAAGUUACCCAUUGCCAUGAGGGCACUCACCAACUAUGUCAGCUUGAAGGAUGCCUAUGAUGACUUGAAGAAAAAGGCUAUUGACCAACCUCACAAGACCCCAUCCAUCUGGGUGGCCAUAUACAAGGCGUUUGGCCGCCCCAUACUAUUGAGCAGCACCUUCCGCUACUUGGCCGAUCUGCUGGGCUUUGCUGGACCCCUCUGCAUCUCUGGGAUUGUUCAAAAUCUGGGAAACUACACUGAGACCAAACAAGAACAGGAUCUACAAAAAACUACCUUCGUCAAUGUCUACUUCAUGUCUUCCAAGGAAUUUUUGGAGCAGUACUAUGUAUUGGCUGUUCUUUUAUUUCUGGCCCUAAUCCUCCAAAGGACAUUCCUGCAGGCUUCCUAUUAUGUCGCCAUAGAGACAGGGAUCAAUCUGCGUGGAGCAUUACUGGCCAUGAUCUACAACAAGAUGCUGAAGCUGUCCACCUCCAACAUGUCGAUGGGUGAGAUGACCCUGGGACAGCUUAACAACCUGGUGGCCAUCGAGACCAACCAGCUGAUGUGGUUCCUUUUCCUAUGCCCCAAUCUCUGGGCGAUGCCUGUGCAGAUCAUAAUGGGGGUCAUCCUACUAUACAAGCUGCUGGGGGUCAGCGCUCUGGUUGGGGCUGCUGUCAUUGUUCUGCUCGCUCCGGUACAGUACUUCAUUGCUACCAAGCUAGCCGAAAUCCAGAAGAAUACUCUGGAUUAUUCCACUGAAAGGCUAAAGAAGACAAAUGAGAUCCUGAAAGGAAUAAAGCUACUGAAGUUGUAUGCCUGGGAGAACACGUUCUGCUCCAGCGUGGAAGAGACGCGGAUGAAAGAACUAACCAGCCUGAGAACAUUUGCCCUGCACACGUCCCUGUCCAUUUUUAUGAAUGCAGCCAUUCCCAUAGCAGCUGUCCUGGCGACAUUUGUGACUCAUGAAUAUGUAGAGAAUACAAAUCUUACUCCUGCAAAUGCCUUUGCAUCACUGUCAUUAUUCCACAUCCUGGUAACUCCGCUCUUCCUGCUCUCUACCGUGGUCAGGUUUGCUGUGAAAGCUCUGGUCAGUGUUCAGAAGUUAAAUGAGUUCUUCACGAGCGACGAAAUCAGAGACGACAGUAUGAGGAAUGGCGAUUCACCCAGCUUGUUUGACGCCUGCAAGAAACACCCGGGAAUUCAUUCGCGAGCCAUAAACCGGAAGCAGCCACUGAGGUUCCAGCUGGACAGCUAUGAACAGACCCAACGGAGACAAGUUCGCUCCUCUGACAGCGAGGAAGCUGCAAUCAAGGUGAUUGGUGGAUACUUUUCCUGGGGAACAGGAUUGGCUACAUUAUCUAAUAUAGAUAUCCAGAUUCCGACAGGUCAGCUCACCAUGAUUGUCGGUCAGGUCGGAUGUGGAAAGUCCUCCCUUCUACUAGCUAUUCUCGGGGAGAUGCAAAAGCUGGAGGGGAGAGUCUGCUGGAAUAAUAAGAACAGAAAUUCUGUGGCCUACGCUGGACAGAAGCCCUGGCUGCUCAAUGCCACAGUGGAAGAGAACAUCACAUUUGGGAGUCCCUUUAACAAGCAGAGGUAUAAAGCUGUGACAGAUGCCUGCUCCCUCCAGCCAGACAUCGACCUGCUUCCGUUUGGGGAUCAGACAGAAAUCGGAGAAAGGGGUAUUAAUCUAAGUGGGGGACAGAGGCAGAGGAUAUGCGUGGCACGAGCCCUCUAUCAGAACACCAACGUUGUCUUCCUGGAUGACCCGUUCUCAGCUCUGGACAUUCACCUUAGUGAUCACUUGAUGCAGGAGGGAAUCAUGAAGUUCCUGCGGGAUGAUAAGCGGACGGUGGUCCUGGUCACCCAUAAGUUGCAGUAUCUGCCACAUGCAGACUGGAUUAUCGCAAUGAAGGAAGGAUUCAUCCUGCGGGAAGGGACACUGAAGGACAUUCAGAAUAAUGACAACGAGUUGUAUGAACACUGGAAGACCUUGAUGAAUCGCCAGGACCAGGAACUAGAGAAGCAGGACACAGAUGCCGACCAAGCCACCAUGGAGCGGAAGACCCUGCGGAGAGCGAUGUACUCCAGAGAGGCGAAGGCAGCGAUCGAGGAUGAAGGGGAGGAAGAAGAAGAGGAGGAGGAUGAGGAAGAGGAAAUGGCCACGGCAAUGCGUCAGCGCACAAAGAUGCCAUGGAGGACGUGCUGGAGAUAUCUGACCUCGGGAGGAUAUUUGCUCCUUUUCCUGAUGAUAGUCUCCAAAUUACUGAAACACUCAGUGAUUGUGGCCAUCGACUACUGGCUGGUGAAAUGGACGACUGAAAACAGAAAUAUCAGCAGAGACACCAAUGGGCUCAACUCGACUGACCAAGAUCGGACGUACUAUGUGGUGGGAUUCAGCAUUCUCAGUGCUUCUGGGAUCAUGCUCUGUCUCAUCACCUCUCUGACUGUGGAGUGGAUGGGGCUCACCGCCGCCAGAAAUCUGCACAACAACUUACUGAACAAGAUUAUCCUGGCACCAAUUAGGUUCUUUGAUACGACUCCCUUGGGAUUAAUCUUAAAUCGUUUCUCAGCGGAUACAAACAUCAUUGAUCAGCACAUCCCACCAACAAUGGAGUCCCUCACCCGAUCCACGCUCCUUUGCCUCUCCGCCAUUGGUGUCAUUAGCUAUGCCAAUCCUUACUUUCUGAUCGCCCUCAUUCCGCUGGGGGUCGCCUUUCACUUGAUCCAAAAAUACUUCCGAGUCACCUCCAAGGAGCUUCAGGAACUGGAUGACAACACUCAACUGCCUCUUCUGUGCCACUUUUCAGAGACGGCGGAGGGACUGACUACAAUCCGGGCAUUCAGACACGAGUCCCGAUUCAAGCAACGCAUGCUCGAACUGACCGACACAAACAACUUGGCCUAUUUAUUCCUGUCGGCGGCCAACAGGUGGCUGGAGGUCCGGACGGAUUAUCUGGGUGCUUGUAUUGUUCUAACGGCAGCCAUCACCUCCAUCACCUCGGGAAUGAAUGCUGGAGUUGUGGGUUUGGGUCUCACCUACGCACUGACGGUGACCAAUUACCUGAACUGGGUGGUGAGGAAUUUGGCAGACCUAGAGGUCCAGAUCGGAGCAGUGAAGAAGGUGAACAGUUUCCUGAACAUUGAGUCGGAGUGUUACGAGGGAUCUAUGGAUCUACAACAAGUGCCGGAUGACUGGCCAAAGACCGGAGAAAUUAAAAUUAGUGAUCUGUGCGUACGCUAUGAGAACAAUCUGAAGCCAGUCCUGAAGCAUGUCAAAGCUUACAUUAAGCCGGGACAGAAGGUGGGAAUUUGCGGUCGGACGGGCAGCGGCAAAUCCUCUCUCUCUUUGGCGUUCUUCCGAAUGGUGGACAUAUUUGACGGGAAAAUUAUUAUUGAUGGAAUUGAUAUUUCGAAGCUCCCCCUUCAUACACUUCGCUCCAGACUGUCCAUCAUUCUGCAGGACCCCGUCUUAUUCAGCGGAUCAAUACGACUGAACCUGGACCCCGAGUGUACAUGUACAGACGACCGACUCUGGGAGGCCCUGGAAAUCGCUCAGCUGAAGAACCUUGUGAAAUCUCUGCCAGGAGGUCUAGAUGCCAUGGUUACAGAAGGAGGUGAGAAUUUCAGCGUUGGACAGCGGCAGCUCUUCUGCUUGGCCCGAGCAUUUGUGCGCAAGAGCAGCAUCUUAAUUAUGGAUGAGGCCACUGCAUCCAUUGACAUGGCCACCGAAAACAUUUUACAGAAAGUGGUAAUGACGGCAUUUGCAGAUCGGACAGUGGUGACAAUUGCGCACCGAGUUCACACCAUCCUCACAGCGGACCUGGUUAUAGUGAUGCGUCGGGGAAUCAUUAUGGAGAAUGACACGCCAGAGAAUCUUCUUGAGCGGGAAGACGGGAUCUUUGCUUCGUUUGUCCGAGCCGACAUGUGAACUGUUUUUGAACGCAUGCCAUAUUUUUAUAGCUUUUUAUAUGAAAAUGAAGUGUUUAUAUUUUAUAUUUAAAACAAAGGCAUGGUGGUCAGCCAGACCUGAGAACUUGAAUCUUUAUAAUGAUUUUUUUUUUUCAGUAUUUGUACAGCACAUAGCAAUAAAGUUUUGCUCACCCAAAAAAAAAGUGUUAAAAAAUA